AAAAUACGCCUUUUAGCAGGCUCAUUGGAAGUCCGGUAGAGCAUGUGCUCUAUAAGUGUUUCUAAAAACAAAGUGCGGGUCUGUGCUGCCUAAAAGUCCUCAUCACCGUACGGUUCAGCAGCGGAGCGGAGUCUUGCGCACACUUGGAAAUCUCGCGACAUCUGCGCGCGCGGAGCACUAAAGCGCUGCUGUGUCAACACCCCGCGCGCACAUCCCUCCCCAGCUGACGCCGUCUGCCUGCCGAGAAAUUCGCUCUCCUGCGAUGAGACUGUGAUGAAUGCAGUCUGGGCUGUCGGUUGUGUAAUGGAGUUGAGGUGAGAAUGGCACUUUCUCAGUCAAAAUCAACCAAAAUGGGAAAGUCGAGACUGUUCCGCAUUUUUAUGAUUGUGGGCGCCGUCUUCAUGAUACUUCUUAUAAUCAUAUACUGGGAUGAUGUGGGGGCCUCAAAUUUUUACCUGCACACAACCAUCUCCGGGCCCCAUCCGUCGCACCUCUCUCCGCAGAGCCGUCGUGACCCAGAAAAGAAAAUAGAGGAAGACAAAGAGGGCUCGUUUUUGACGGACAUUGAUGCUUUUGUCAACCAGUUUUUAGAAGGAACGGCAGACCCCACGGAACAGGUGAGAGGAGAACCGCCGCCUGGAGACCCUCACAAUCAGUCCUCGGAGAAAUCGGAGGAGAAAUUCGUCCCGAGACGAGAGUGGAAGAUCCAUCUGACGUCAAUAGACCCCGAGAAAAAACAAAGGCAGGAGAGUAGAAAGCAGCUGAUCCAAGAUGUGUGCAGUAACAAAAGUUACUUCGACUUCCCCGGAAAGAACAGGACUUUUGACGACAUACCCAAUAAAGAGUUGGAUCACCUCAUUGUGGACGACAGGCAUGGGAUUAUUUACUGCUACGUUCCCAAAGUGGCCUGCACAAACUGGAAGCGCAUCAUGAUCGUGCUGAGCGAGAGCCUGUUGUUGGACGGUGUGCCCUACCAAGACCCUCUAGAUGUUCCUCAGGAGCUCAUCCAUAACAGUAGCCUGCACUUCACCUUCAACAAGUUCUGGAAGCGCUAUGGAAAGUUCUCUCGGCACCUCAUGAAAAUCAAGCUUAAGAAAUACACCAAGUUUUUAUUCGUCAGGGAUCCUUUCGUGCGACUGAUCUCUGCCUAUCGCAACAAAUUCGAGCAAGAGAAUGAGGACUUCUACAAAAGAUUCGCGGUCAUCAUGUUGAGAAAAUACGGCAAUUACACGGAUCCACCGGCAUCGGUCGUGGACGCUUUCGCUGCUGGGAUUCGACCGUCUUUCUCGAAUUUCGUUCAGUAUUUAUUGGAUCCUAGCACUGAGAAAGAGAUGCCUUUCAACGAGCACUGGAGACAGAUGUACCGUCUGUGCCAUCCCUGCCAGAUAAAUUAUGAUUUCGUGGGCAAGCUGGAGACCUUGGAUGAGGACGCUGAGCAGUUGUUGCGGAUUCUCCGCGUAGACAAUGUCGUCGAGUUCCCGCAAAGUCAUCGCAACCGAACAGUCAGCAGUUGGGAGCAGGACUGGUUCUCCAACAUACCGCUGGAGUCCAGAAAAGAGCUGUACAGGCUGUAUGAAGCCGACUUUAAACUGUUCGGGUAUUCCAAACCAGAGAAGCUGUUACACGAGUGAUAUGCUGAUCGCCAACUUUACUGAGGUGCUGACGAGAUUCUGACAGCACAAAAAACAGGGCAAUAGCAGUUCCUGCUGCUUGGUUCUUAAUGUGCGGCUCUUUCACAUGAUGCUGUUUAUGAAGGCCCUUUCACAUGACCAGUGUCCAGAGGAUCACCGUUUGGCUAAUUGGUCCAGUAGGUAGAUAUCUUAAUUGAAUCAGGUGCUUCUGAAAAGCAUCUUUCUCCGAUGACAGAUAAAAAAAUAUGGCGCCCCCCACACAUCAAUUGAAAAAAAAAAAUAGCAUUUGUCUCCAAAACUUGAUGUCUCCAGAACUGAUUUUUGUGAUGUUGUGCUAAAUUGUUCUCUUGUUCGUUUGUGGCCAUGAUUGAACUAAAUUAGAAAGAGGGAAUAAAAUGAUAAGCCACGACUGAACUAAAACAAGUGAACGAAUUAAUACAUGGCCAUGAUUUAGUGAAUAAUUUAAUGCAAAGUGGCCAAAAAUAAAAUAAGUGAGUGAAUUAGUACACCAUGGUUGUAAUUUAAAUAAAAUUAGUGGACAAAUUAGUACAAAAUGGCCACAAAUCUUUACUUUGUGGUCAUGAUAUCUAUUUUUUCUUUCACAUCGCAUACAUACAAAAGUAUUUGUGAUUUACAAAUAUUAUAAUGGAUGUGUUGGCAGUGCCUGUUUUUUUUCUAUCUUCUGAAUUAAAAGUUUGAGGGCUCUUAAAACAUAAUAUGGACAGGUUAUUUAAAUUUUUUUUCCUGGGCUGCUAACUUAUAUAAGGAGAUCAUGAUAGUCUCUAGAGAAGGGUUUGAUGCACUUAGCCAAUCAGGAAAGAGCAUGAAAUGCAUUGCUGACUGUGUCACUUUGAAUAGAUCAGUGAUAAUUGGUGCAGCAAACUCAAUUAUGGUGUGAUGUUAACAUUAACUCUAAAGGUAAAGGUAACGUUGAGUCAUCUGAGUCAUGUGAAAGAGCCUUAAGGCCUUUUUGGAGCUUGUGGGCAUUGAAAGUAAUACUGUAGUGAAUAUACAUUCCUUGCACACAGGUUACAUUUCCUCAGUCCAUUUCCCAGUGUCCCAUUAAAUGUGUUACUGUUAUUUGUAUGGACCUCAUGGACAAUUUCAGAGACAUUUUGAUGUUUAACUACUCAAAGAAGCCUGCACAAUUUUCUUUUUUUGAUAUCCUCAACAGUGUUUUAAGAACAAACUCAUCACCUCAUUAGUAUUAUUCUUAUAAGGUGGAUGGAUGUGAUAAUCCCAGUAAUUUUAAGUUGUAUAGUUGUAUGUUUUACCUAAAGAACCACCAAACUAAAAUAUCACAAGACAUUUAAAAAAAAAAGUAUUGUACAUUUAGCAAGUGCACAUAUUAGAGUAUUUUAGAAUAUUUUUGUAAACUUUUACAGUUAAAUGUGAAAAGUGAAGGCACUUUUGUCCUUGGAAAAAAGCGACAUAAUAUUUUGAAAUGCAAGCAAACGUUUUACAGUUUUGUUUUGUUUUUAUCACAAAGGGAUCACUGCUCUUACAGCAGUUUCAUUUCUUUUCUUGAAAAUGGCGCAUUUUUUAAACACAGAAACCUCAAUUUUUAUGUUUCCAUGGUUUUUUUUUUUUUCAGUCUUUUAAAGUAGUUCAUGGUCCUUUAUUGCACAAAAUUGCCAGUGUUCUGCAGUGAAGCAAGCAAAUGGAGUAAAUGACAUCAAAAAGAUAUUUCUUUCUUUGUAAUAGAGGCUGAAGUAUUCCUAUUAUGGCCUGUUCUUGUCAAGCAAAUCUUGCCUUUCAUCAUUUUGGUCCUUUUAUUCUUUUAGUGUGUAGCAGGGACUGGAUGAGCCCUCUGAUCUGCAGCAUGCUAUAGAUGUUAGCAUGUGUGCCUUGCAGUCCUUCAUAAAUAUGCAUCACUCAUGAAUAUUGUAGCAAACUUAGCGUUUUUUUUUGCUCUGUUAGGUGUAGAGGGUAAAACAAUGGCCUUGUUUGGAUAUUGUUAGGAAUAUAAUCGCAGGCACAGGGUAUUUAUUUCUUACUUAGCGAGUUAUUUAGCAAGAGUUAUUUGGUGUAAUUGCUUUAGACCGUUGAAGCACAAAUGUCAGUAUUGUUUAUAGUUCCUCAUCUAGUCAAGAGUCAAACGUGGGCAUGUGCAAAAGAAAUAUAUAAGGGUUUAUUAGGGUUAUUUUUAAAAAAAAGUAUUUUCUUUACCAAGAAAGUGUUUCCUUUUUUAAUUUCCAUCGUGUUUUUGUGCCGCAUUUUGCACAUUUGAUCACAUGUAUAAAAUCGAUCUCUAAGGCAGUGAGAGGUAAAAGGAUGGAAGAAAGCGUGUUUGGUCGUAUAUUGUAGUAGGGAAUGAUACUGUGGAGCACAAGUGUAGCAUGAUCGUUGUGGAAGUGACGGGCCAGAAGGAACAGGACGUCCCGGUUCAGGGGAAGCCACAAUUCUGAAAUACCGCACUGUUGGGCUCAUUAGGUAGCUGUGCCUUUGGAGAAAAGUUUACAUUUAAAAAAAAAAAGUAUUUUUGUAAGCGAGUCUCUGACUUGCAGUUAAAACAAUCAAAGCUCCUACUUUCAAAAAAAGUGUUAAAGUGUAGUUGCGCUUAUAUAUAUUGCAUCAGAUUUGUAGCCACGAUUUUUGGCUGUGCUGUUGAGGCUUGUUAGAUCAGUUUCAACUUUUCCUAUUUCAUAAACCAUAAGUUCUGUUAUGUGUGCAGUUGCCUAUGCUGUUGAUGAGGACCCGUUUUGUAUACAUUUGGUGCCACGCUGUACAAAGAAAGGUUUGUUUAGUGAUUGUUUUGAUGCCAAUAUGAGGAAAAUUUGUAUUUUUUUUUUUUUUACCUGGCAUACUUUUCAGUCAUAGGAAUUUCUUAGUUGCAUGAAAUAUGUUCAAGAGAUUAUGCUGAGAACAAAAGGGAAACAUAUGUUACAUUAAAUCAGGUCUUAGCAAGUGUGUUCUUCAUAUUUGGUUUGCUUUGCUUUUUUCCCUUUGGGCAAUGUACAUAGCUCUUCUUUUAUUUAUUAUGGUAUUAUUUAAUGCUUCAAUUUCAAAAGAAAAAAGUUCAAUAAAGUUCAAUGCAUGGUGCAAACACUGUAA